AUGUGUUCACCAGCCCCACACCUGUGUUCACCAGCCCACACCUUUGUUCCCAGCCCACCUGUGUGCACCAGCCCCACCUGUGUUCACCAGCCCACACCUGUGUUCACCAGCCCACACAUGUAUUCACCAGCCCCACCUGUGUUCACCAGCCCACACCUGUGUUCACCAGCCCACACAUGUAUUCACCCAGCCCUGUGUUCACCAGCCCACACCUGUGUUCACCAGCCCACAUGUAUGCCCACACCUGUGUUCACCGGCCCCACCUGUUUCACCAGCCCACACCUGUGUUCACCAGCCCAUACCUGUUCCCAGCCCACACCUGUGUUCCAGCCUACACCUGUGUUCACCAGCCACCUGUGUACCAGCCCCACACCUGUGUUCACCAGCCCACCUGUGUUCACAGCCCACCUGUGUUCACCAGCCCACACCUGUGUUCAGCACACCUGUGCUCACCAGCCCACACCUGUGCUCACCAGCCCACACCUGUGUUCACCCAACCCACACCUGUGUCCAGCCCACCUGUGUUCACGAGCCCCUCCUGUGUUCAGCCCCACACCUGUGUUCACCAGCCCACACCUUUCUCACCCCACACACCUGUGUUCACCAGCCCACACCUGUGUUCACCAGCCCACACCUGUGUUCACCAGCCCACCUGUGUUCACCAGCCCACACCUGUGUUCACCAGCCCACCUGUGUUCACCAGCUCACACCUGUGUUCACCAGCCCACCUGUGUUCACCAGCCCACACCUGUGUUCACCAGCCCACACCUGUGUUCACCAGACCACAACUUUGUUCACCAGCCCACACCCGGCCCCACCACUUCCACCGAGGUUGAGCUGUCGCACUUUGUCGAUAUCCAGUGCGAUUUACGCACUUUCUCACCGACAAACUUUUCUCACUCUUCGCGGAAAUAUCAUCAUUAUGCGCGCUGA